AUGGUCAAACAAGGGUUCCCAAUACGAAAAGAUAACUUACAAGAUAGUGCUAAGAAAAUAGUUCAAGACCUUAAGAUAUUGUACGAGAUAAGUGACGACCCGCAGAGGAAGGAGUUCCUCGACGAUCUAUUCUCUUUCAUGCAAAAACGAGGUACACCAAUAAAUCGGCUGCCCAUCAUGGCGAAGUCAGUAUUGGACUUGUACGAGUUGUACAACUUGGUGAUCGCUCGGGGCGGUCUAGUCGAGGUCAUCAACAAGAAGUUGUGGCAGGAGAUCAUCAAGGGGCUCCGAUUGCCUUCCUCCAUCACUUCUGCUGCAUUUACAUUACGUACACAAUAUAUGAAGUAUUUGUAUGACUACGAGUGUGAGAAAAAGAACCUGUCGACACGUAGCGAGCUGGACGCAGCCAUAGAAGGCAACAAGAGGGAGGGGCGGCGCGCCUCCGGCCAGUACGAUGCGCAGGCGGCGCUUGCCAUGCCGCCUCUCAACCGUGGGGUCCCAGCAUCACUAGCCCAGCUGUCACAGCAUAUGCAGCCUCUCUCGCUCUCCCUGGGCGGAGGAGGCGUUCCUCGACUGCCGCCCCUCCCGCCGCACGCCCCUCACAUCUCCCAGCAUGACAUCGAGUACCGCGUGAGGGAGUACAUGAAGAUGAUACAGCAACAGAGGGAACUUAUGAGGAAUGUCCUUUCCCCUCCAGGGUCGGAGUCCCCGCCGGGCGCCAACGGAUCGGCGCCGAUCAUGUCCCCACGCGACGCAGCCGCUCUCAGUGCCAUGGACGUGUCCCGACUCACACUCUGGUCACUAUACAACAACAAUAACAACAACAGCCCGCAACCCGAUUUGGAGCCCCAACGAGAGGCGCUAAAUUUGAGCGAAAGUCCAAACUCGAGUAUGAGCGGAGGCAAGCGUGAAGCGUGUCGCUCGCCGCCCCCGCCCGCCAAGCGGCGCCCCAUGCGGCCGCCGUCGCCGUCGGGCCGCGGCAGUCCGCCGCACACACCGCACACGCCCGGCGCGCCCACCGCGCCCAGGGACUGCCUGCCCACACCGCAGCUCAACGGCAACGGGCCCACAAACGGUGUUAAUGGGGCCGCUUUCAAAAUCACAACCAGAGGAGACGCAAACACAGGCGAUCAACAGCUAGUGGUCUCGAUAGAACUAAACGGAGUCACAUACGAAGGCAUCCUGUUCCCAUCACAAAAUGGCAGUACCCAGAAUGGCCACAGGCAAAUGGUGUCCUAAAUUUGAGGCAAUAACAUUUAUAUAUUAAGAUUACGUUUUCAAGUCCCGAGUCAUUAUAAUACGGCGUGGGGAAACUUCAGAAAGAAGCAGUUUGUUAACGAAUUGUCCAUGUUUGUGACGAAAUACACGCGGGAGAAUGUGAUGUUCGAUUAAUAAUUUAGUCUGUGGUAAGAGAAAAUCUUUUUACCUCCAUUUUUCCCCGCCCUCCUCUCGAGCAUAGGCAAGUUAUUCGUCAUCGAUCUGCUAAUCGAUCAGGUUAGGUUUAUAUCUGAGGCAUAGGUUGUGCUAGAUAACAUAUAAGUACCCAUUUUCUAUUUUUAUUAAAUUAUCUAAAUUAAAUUAGCGAAAAAACAUGUAGGUCCAAAACAUCGGCCUACUAACUGGGUACUAAAUUACCUAAAUAUCAUAUGUACGAUAGAGACUAUUUUUAAAAAAGUAGUAUUAUUGUCUAUGUUUACAAUUAGAUAUAAACCCAGCCCAUGUACCAUCAGUAAAGUGGUUUAUAUAUUUUGAUCUCAAAAACCUUUAUAGGGUGUUUUGGGAGUGGAAACCGUAUGCAGCUAUAAUAUUUUGUAAUUUAAAAAAACUCAAAUUUGAAUUAAGUACAAACUCAUCGUUACAUGGUCAUUUGAAAUUUAUCAUUAUUAUGUACUUAGUAGAUUCGUUUAUAUGUGAUUAAGUUUCAUUUUGUACUUUAAAGUAUUUAUAGUUUAUAGAUAUUAUAAUUUUUUUACGUCACUGCCGUAGAAAGAACGCGAAGUUAUUUGAAACAAAAUAAUUUUUCACUUGUUCUUCAGUGGAUGUUUUUGUACAAUAAUUUAAUAAUUUUUUUAACGCGUCAAGUUAUGUAAAUAUAGUUUUUACGUUAUGUAUUUAUAAUUCGAUAUGUUUGACGUAUGUGUGAUAAUUAAUCAGUGUUUGUCUGAUUUUUAUGUGCUUGUGUUGUAAAUUUAUGUAAAUAAAAAAAUUGCGUAAUAAUUAUCUAUUAUUAGAGCAUUUUUACACCGUCAUGUCUGUUUGUGAUUUUUGAUAUUUUAAAAGGUGUAUAUUUUAAUUGUCGACUACGUUGUCAGUAUUGUAUUUAGAUUUAGGUAUUUAUAAUAUAGAUUCAGCUGCAUUCAGGCGCAUUCUUCUUACGAUUAUUACUAAUGUGGCAUCAAACCUUAUAUUUUUUUGUCCACUAAACAGGGCUCAUGAAAAAGCAGCUGAACGAAAGAUGUUUACGAGAUAUAAGAACG